UUACGAAAUUUAUUUUAAUCUUUUGAUUAAAGUAUUACGCACAACGAUAAAGAAAAUUUCAAAGAUAAUAUUUUACGUUAAUGUAUUACAUGUUUUUCUAACAUUAGUGACUAACAUCUGUGAAGUCAAAAUAUUUCAUGGCGUCGUCUGUUCACAUGUUUCUAAGAGGCGCCAUAAUAUCUGAAGUUCGAAGGAAAUCAAUAUAUUUUUCUAAUAUACUUAUUACUUAUAUUUUAACUUGAUCCUUGUUCAUCCACAAAUGAAUAAUUUAUUUCCAUGGUGAUUGUUAUCAAAAAGAAAAAAGAAAAGCGCCACAAAUCCAAACUAUAAUAUAUCGUGUACAGCAUUGAAAUCAUAACCUAAAAAUAACGUAUGUUAAUUUUUUAUUAAAUUCAUGUGAAUAUUUAAUACAAUGGAAACGACAGAAAAUUGGGAUGAUAAUAAUGAGAUAUUUAUUAUUGAAAAUGAAACUGAAAAAGAGAAAAAUAUCGAAAGUACACAAGUUAUAGAAGGUUUUGUUACGUUCGACGAUUAUCUUAAGGAAGUAUUCGAUGCUAUAAGAGAAGGAAUCAAAGCAGCAAAUAAUUUACCAAAUGGAGAAAACUUUAAUUAUUAUGAAUGUUUUCCGAGUUUUAAUAAAGCAAGAAAAGAAAAUUCGGAAAGGUUAUUAAAGAUGAUGCAAAAAAUAAUUAAUAUAUCAGGAGUGAGCGAUAAUAUAGAUGGACGUGAUAUAGAAGAAAAGUUUGAACUUUUAUUAGAAGCAAAUGAUGUGUUUUUAGAUAAGGCAGGCUUGUGUAUGGAUGAAGAAUGUGGUAUAUUAAAAAAUCCUGAAAUAGAAUUAGUUGUAUCGCAAACCAAGAAGGAUACCAGCGGUAGUUGGAAUAUUAUAACAUCUGGAAAUAACAAACAAUUAUCUGAUACAUCUAAAACUGCACAAGCGGUACGUCUAUUGACUGCAAGAAAUAUACAAAGACCACAAUUAACUUUCAAAGACAAAAUUGAUAAUAGUUUAAAACCUUGGGAACCUAAAAUUAAAGAUAAGCCAAAUUCUUUAAAACCAUUAGCUAUUUAUUUAGAAGAAACCGAAGAUGGAGAGGUAUUUUGUCAUCCUUAUGAAUUUGAAUUGAAUAAAUUUCAACCUCCGGAUAAUCAAUUACAAAAAGGUGAACCAGUUAAGUAUAAAACAUUACAUAAAACUCCGUUAAUUAUGAUAAACAAACCGGAAGACAUCAAAAUUUUAUUAGAUGAUUUAAAAAGAUAUCAAGAGAUUGCUGUCGAUUUGGAACAUCAUUCUUAUAGAAGUUUUCAAGGUAUAACUUGUUUGAUGCAAAUAUCAACUGGUGAUACUGAUUAUAUAAUUGAUACAUUAACAUUAAGAUCGGAAUUACAUGAGCUUAAUGAGAUUUUUACAAAAUCAACUAUCCUAAAAGUGUUCCAUGGAGCAGAAUUUGACAUUCAAUGGCUUCAAAGAGAUCUGUCUAUAUAUGUUGUAAAUAUGUUUGAUACCCAUCAAGCUGCUAAACAACUUAAUUUACCAUAUUUAAGUUUAGCUUAUCUUUUGAAACGAUUUUGUAACAUAGAUCCGAACAAACAUUUUCAACUUGCUGAUUGGCGUAUAAGACCUUUACCCGAUGAACUUUUAAAAUAUGCAAGAGAAGAUACGCAUUAUUUAUUGCAUAUUAAAGAUAUUUUAAGAAAUGCAUUAAUUGAUUCUUCAAAUGGGAAGACUAACAUUUUAAAAGCUGUAUAUGAUAGAAGUACAGAGAUAUGUAAAUUAACUUAUGUAAAGCCAAUAUGGACAGAAGAAAGUUAUAUGGAUAUGUAUAGGAAAAGUCAAAAAUUCUUUAAUAAUAAACAAAUUUAUGCUUUGAAAGAAUUACAUAAGUGGAGAGACAUGACGGCUAGAGAGGAAGAUGAUAGCACUGGUUAUGUUUUACCAAAUCAUAUGCUUUUAAAUAUAGCUGAGACAUUACCACGUGAAAUGCAAGGGAUUUUGGCUUGUUGUAAUCCUAUUCCACCAUUGCUUCGGCAAAACUUAUUAAAACUUCAUAAGAUCAUACUUAAAGCACGAGAUCAACCUUUAAUAAAACCAGUGAAAGAAACUGAUAUUAGACAACGAUUUGUUAGAGAAAAUCAUGCGGUAAAUUCAGAAGCUUGGACUUAUUCUCCUCACGAUAUACCAAGUGGUACAGAAGCCAGAGCCGAUUUACCUUGUCUGUUAGAUCAAUUAAAUCAAUUAGAAAUAGAAAAAAUAUUAAAUAGCAAUAUUAAUGUAAAACAUAGCAUUACAGUAUUUGAUAGUCCAAACUCAUCUGAGAAUGAACAAUCAACUUCUAAUGAAAUGGAACAAAAUAGAAAGAAAAAAUUUAUAUUCAUUAGUCCCUUUGAAAGAUACAAACGUGUAAUACCUGUGAUAGCUAAACAAGAAGAACAAGAUAGACAAAAGCAAGAAAAAGAAGAAGAAGAAAGAUUAAAUAAAUCGAAAAUCGAAGAUACACCUUCGCCUACAUUUAAGACUGAUCAGAAAUCUCUUCCCGAUCAAACUACAUCGGGUCAAAGUUCAUGUCGUAGAAAAAACAAAAUCUUCUCUCUUUGUUUGCCUGGAAGAAAAAGAAAAAGAAAUUUAUCUGUGAGAGAUUCAUCGGAUGAACGAUCUGAUAGUAACUUGUCUACACCAAUUCCUUCUUUAAACAAGAAGAUAAUGCAAGGUGUGAAUAAAGAAUUACUUAUAAACACAGAUACAACGAAUGAACAAAAUAAACAAAUAACUGUACAAAAUGUCUCACAUAAUCAAAAUUUGCAGAAUGAUACUAUUAAACCUUUAAGGGCACGUAAGAAAGGAGAAAAAAAAGCAAAUGAAAAAGAAUUAAGACAAAAAGGAAUGCUUCCUGUAGAAAAGUUCGACUAUAAAUCUGUUGACUUUAAUAAAGCUUUCCAAGGUGGUAGUAUUAUUAAUGAUGGAACAAGUCAAGCAAACUUUGUGCAGCCAAAACAGGGCAAGAAAAAAAAUAAACGAAAGAAAAAGAAGCAAAAUCUGACUACAUAAAUAUAU